GAUAGAGAUCUCUAGGCUAAGGACGUUGAGAUUGCUGAGCUUAAACGCCGCUUGAAUGAGCAGAUUGACAAAUGCGAGUCCUUGGAGAUCGACCUAGAGGCAGAGAAAGUUAAGGCUGCCACUGCUGAAGAGGCGCGUGCUGUUAGCACCGCCGCCCUUAAUGUAGCGCAGACCAACUACUCGGAGGCCCAAGGGAUCGUUGAUACACUCGUGUCCGAGGCUGAAUGGAUGCGCAGUCGUGGAGUGGUGCUGGUUGCCAACUCGAUCCUCAAUGCUGGCGAGCUGGAUCGCGCCGUUGCUGCUCUCACAGAUGCUGCGCGCGCGGUGGGUCACCGAGGGGGCUAUCUGGAGUGUGCUAUUCAUGUUGAGGAGAUGCUCGGACAAGAGUUUGAUGUGAGCCAUUGCUCGGUGACCGAACAGGCUGAUGCUGCGCUUGCGCGUGCUGAAGAUUCUUAUGACAACCUUACUUUGCCUGUAAUGGAUCUGGUUGUGGAAGCUUUAAAGAAAGACGACUGGUGUCAGCGUCUUAAAGCCAUUCUCGAUCCACCAGUUACUGUUGAGUUGUCGGAUGAAGAGCCAGCUGGCGAUGAUGGUGGAAAUGGUGAUGAUGACGGAAACGAUGAUGGCGGCGAUGAUGAUGGUGAUCAACACAAUGAAUUAGAAUAG